UACCUAUUACACAUGGACGAUAAAACUAAUUCAAACCAAAUAUUUAACACAUUUCUUCAACAUCGCCCAAACAUGCCCUUCUUGCCAUCUUAGAAGGCACGUGACGGGUUUCGACUCACCCUUCGCAGUCAAACAUGGAAUGAUAAAUGGCCCGGAUUCCCUUGAAAACCAUCAAACCAACAUGGCCGGCAAAGGAGCUUCUGCCCAGGUGUACUGUCGUGAGCACCCUGAUGCUGCCCUGAUUGAAGACUACCAUGCAGGAGAUAUGAUCUGUCAGGAAUGUGGCCUGGUGGUGGGAGAUAGAGUGAUAGAUGUUGGAUCUGAGUGGAGAACCUUCAGCAAUGACAAAAAUACAAAAGAUGCUUCUCGAGUUGGUGCAGCAGAAAACAGCCUGCUGGAUGGAGGUGACCUGUCCACAAUGAUUGCAGCUGUGCCUGGUGGAGGGAAGGACAUGGUGGACGAGUUUGGCAAACCUAUGUACAGGAACAGGAGAACGAUGAACAGUUCUGACCGAGCCUUGCUAAAUGCAUUCCGUGAGAUCAACCAGAUGGCCGACAGACUCAACCUACCCAAGAUGAUAGCUGAUCGAGGCAACACACUGUUCAAGCAGGUGCACGAGGGCAAGUCCUUGAAGGGCCGCAGUAACGAUGCCAUUGCAUCUGCCUGUAUGUACAUAGCAUGUCGACAGGAAGGGGUGCCCAGAACAUUUAAAGAGAUCUGUGCUGUAUCCAAAAUAUCCAAGAAGGAAAUCGGUCGGGUGUUCAAGCUGAUCCUGAAGACCCUUGAGACAAACGUGGAACUCAUCACCACGGGAGACUUCAUGUCUCGGUUCUGCUCCAACCUACAGCUGCCCUCCUCGGUGCAGAAGGGGGCGACGUAUAUUGCCCGCAAGGCUGUGGACAUGGAUCUGGUGCCAGGACGGAGCCCCAUCUCAGUGGCCGCAGCAGCCAUUUACAUGGCAUCACAGGCCUCCAGUGACAAGAAGUCUCAGAAGGAAAUUGGAGAUAUUGCUGGUGUGGCUGAGGUGACAAUCCGCCAGUCAUACAAGCUUAUGUACCCUAAAGCACAUCAACUGUUCCCAGAAGAUUUCAAGUUUGCGACGCCAAUAGAACAGCUUCCCAUGCAGUAAUCUACUGGUUACAGCUGCAGAUAUGCAGAUGCACAUGAAUAGACGAAUAGACUCAGGAACAUGAAGAGACACUUCAACAGACAGAGAGAUAUACAUAUGAACAGCAAAAGUGACAUGAACGGAUACAUGACACAUGAACAGACACAUAACGGGAACAUUCUUAUGAUCAGCCACUGACACAUUCCCAAAUAUUUGAACUUGAAGACAGAGACAUUGGAUACAAGGGGAGAGUAGAAACAUGAGGGAGAAAGUGGCACAAAGUUCAUGGCCAGGAAAGUUCAUUCCUACAAAUCUUUUCAUGUCUUCAUGCAGUUCACCUCUCUCCAGCCACAGAAACCUGUUUCUAAAUGUGUCCUCCAAUCUGGUCAACACGUACGAGGAGAAGCUUUGUCCUGCUGCUGUGUCAUGUGCCCUCCAUGAGGACUGAAUGGAUCAUGAUGUAACAUGCCUCAGGUGAAGGGCGUUGCAGCUCACAGUAGUUCUGGAUUAAUUAUCUAUUAUCACUUGAACAUAUCCAGCGUGAUCAGCUACUGAAAGGUUCUUCUGUGUUAAAGUGUGUUGUGUCAGUUGUGUGAUGUUAGAGUAAGGAGGCAGGGUUGUCUAAGGCACAUCAAGCUGUGGGGUAUGGUAGCUGAAUGAUUUAAUGUGUCAAGCUGUUGAUGGUAUGGUAGCUGAAUGGUCAGAGGCAGCCCAUCAAGCUGGGGGUCGAGCGUAGCAACUGACUGAUGGUACAUCUGUAUUGCUGUGGGGGUAUGGGAGCCCAGUGGUCUGAGAUAGGAUGGAAAACAGGAUCCCAUUAAUGAGCUGUGGGCCCCAUUAGUUUAGCUAUGUCUAAGGACCAUUGAUUCUUGAUCCCAUUAGUUUAAGUUGCAGGUACUGUUCAGAGAUGAAAGUCUUACAUUCAUGUCAAUUAUAAGCCUUGGUCUGUCAGCACUAUUUAAGCUUGAGGGCUAUGACCCAUAUCCCUUUCCCAUCAUAUCAACCUGGGUGCCGUUGUACAAAGGGAACUUAGUGUUAAGGUGAUCGUAUAUACUUUAACAUAGACAUAAGACAGUCGUAGCUCAAAGGUUGUUUUGUACAAUGGCAUCCUGAUCUGCCUUGAUACAAUACCAAAGACAGCAGCAUGAGAUGUUUGGUAUAUUUCUGGAAUUCUGAUAAAUUGAUGAGGUUAUGCACCUCUCUGUAAUACUGCAGGUUGAAAUUAUUUUUCUUUAUUGAAGUUAAGAUGCUUUUAGUUUUACAUGUGCAUAAAAUAUGCUAGUCAGUAGUGUAGAUCUAUCAUUGAUGUAUAUACUGUGCAACCUCUGUCGUCUCCAUGUUGUCUGCUGUGUUUGUUUGUUGUCCUUUGUUGUAUGCUGUGUUCAUGUAGUCCUUUGGUGUAUUUUGUGUCCUUGGUAGUCGAAUGAUGUAAUCAAUGCUAAGUUGUGUUCUACAACUUCCUACACUCUACGCAUUGUACUACAGAAUGCCACAUCGUGUUUUAUUACUUGCUUCAUUGUGUUGUACUGCAACAAGCUAAGUUGUACACUUGUACAACUCUCUAGCAUGGUCAAAAUGUUCUGUGGCACCACACUGCAUUGUGUUUUGAAUGAAUAAGUUCGGUUUAAUGCUGUUUUAACAGAACAUCAGUUUUAUCAUCUGUGUCCACUUGGUGUUGGAGGAAGUGAAGUGAUGCUGGUGGAACACAUGAACCACUCCACAAAUCUGUAACAGCAGUGAAUCUACAACUACAUUUAGUUAAGUUUUACGCAGCUUUUAGCAAUAUUCCAGCAAUAUCACGGCAGGGGAUACCAGAAAUGGGCUUCACACAUUGUAUCCAUGUAAGGAAUCGAACCCAGUCUUCGGCAUGACAAGCAAACUCUUUAACCACUAGGCUACCCCAACGCCCCUACAACUGCAGCAAUGUCAGUCAGAACUCCAGAUUGCCUUAGACAACCUGUACCCCUAAAAUACCUUGUAUUACAACAUGCUGUAUCUUGUACUCACACGUGCUACUUUGUGUUGUACUGUGCUAUUCGGCCUUUUCAACAUGUUUUCUGACAAUGUACUGUAAGUUCAAUUGUUGUACAGAUACAAUCUCACUUUGCAUUCAUAUGCCAUGUUGUAUUAAGUGUCCUUUUGUUACAAUCUCUGAUUCUUGUUUCACACAAGAUGUAAUAUCACAGCAAAUGACAUAUUUGCUCCUGUUCAUUUUCUGAGAAUACUUUUAGGUUCUUGUACAACAUGCCGAUUCACAACUAUCGUCACCUAGAUAUGUUUUUGUGAGUCACAUAGUUGGAAAACGCCUGUCAGUGUUACAGUAUUGUCACAAACAACACAACUGCAUCAUCAGGUACAUAUAUACCUUCUGGCAAAACAUACUGAUUUUAAGUGGAAUGUUAGUAUGACAGUUCAGCUGAUAUAUCGUGGAACAUGUAUUAUUUAUGUACAUGAACAAACCAAACUUUGAACCUAUCAGAUUUUGUAUAAAUGUUUUUAUUAAUAUGUUUGUUGUUGUUACUGUAAAUAUUUGAAAUAAAGUAUUUACGCUCAA